AUGCAUAGAAUCCAUGCCAUACAAUCCAUACAAGCCAGUUCGCGGUCGGAGGAGGUGCAAGGCAAGCUCGCAGUGCUCGUCAGCCUUGCUGAGAAGUACGGCCAGGAGUGCAUCGAGGCAAACCAGCCGAUGAUCACUGACGUCACGAGCCUCCUGGAAGCGGUCAUGGUAAUGCUGAGCGAGGCUUUGCUGCUGAGAGCGUUGCAGCUGCCAAAUGCAGAAGAUCGGAAAGCUUCGGUCGUGCUGCAGAUGAAGCGGAUGACUAACAAGGUGAAGCCACGUGCUAUCGAUGCGACCAUUUUGAAUGCCGCCUCUCAGGCGACUCGGACGUGA